AUGCGAGGUCAAUGUGGUUCCCAAGCUUUCGUCCCAUUACCGUGCGCAUUCAACGGCAAGGCCAGCGAACCCGAGUCAACGAGUUUUCGUCAGCUGCUCGUCGAUACUUGCGGAUCCCAAUACGGCCACGGCCCCGUUUGCUGUGAGAAAAGUCAGUUGGAUAGCUUGGUUGAACAAGUGAAACGCGCCGAACCUAUCAUUGCUUCGUGUCCCGCUUGUUGGCAUAAUUUUCUACAAUUCUGGUGCUCAUUUACAUGUUCGCCGAAUCAGUCGACAUUUGUCAACAUUACCUCGGUCGAAGAAGGCGACACGGGUCCCAUGGUCACCAGUACCGAUUACUGGGUCGGCGACAAUUUUGGAACCCAGUUCUAUGACAGUUGCAAAGAUAUCAAGUUCGGUUCAAGUAAUGGUUUCGCCAUGGAUUUCAUCGGUGGCGGAGCGAAAAACUGGCAUGAAAUGGUUUCUUACAUGGGCACCAAACGUCCCCUCCUCGGUAGCCCUUUCCAAAUCGAUUUUCCUGCGCUAAAUCAAGUCCCUCAUCAUGGCAUUGACCGUUACAACGACGAUGGAAAAAUGUGCAAUGAUACAGAUCCGGCCUACCGGUGCGCUUGUAUCGAUUGUCAAGCCACUUGCCCGAUCCUACCGCCGACCCCCAGUGAACGGCCCGAUUGCUACGUGGGCAGCAUGCGUUGUUGGAGUUUUUCCAUGCUCAUGACCUACAGCUUAAUCGUGUUGCUCGCCAUGAUCCUGUUGUUGGCGAAAAAUAAAUGGAUUGGUCAAUGGGUUCAAAAGUGUCUUCAUAUCGAUGCCGAUCGAGCCGAGAACCGUGGAUUGUAUGAACGCGUGGCUCUGGAUGCGGAACACGACGAAGAAACCGAAUCGCUGUUAGACCCUGACCAUCUCUCUCGCAGUUAUUGGCUCAACUCCAAACUCCAAAAUUGGUUCUAUUGCCAAGGUCUUCUCUGUGCACGCUAUCCUUGGAUCGUUAUUGGGGCUGGGUUGCUUAUGGUAUCGUUGUGUUCUCUGGGCUGGUCAAAGUUCGCCGUCGAACGUGAUCCUAUCAACUUGUGGGUGGCGUCUUCUUCCACAGCGCUCGCACAAAAACAGCAUUUCGACAGUCAUUUUUCGCCAUUUUAUCGCACAACCCAAAUUUUUUUCGUGAACAAGGAUUCCGCUCCCAUUAUGACUGGCGAACGAUUGGAACAUUUGUUCAAUUUGGAAACAGAAAUCAAACACAUGAAAUCAGCAACCAACAAUUACACCUUGCAGGACGUUUGUUUCCAUCCCAAUGGAGAUCUGUGCAUUGUACAAUCAGUGACAGGAUACUGGCAAAGCGAUAUCAAUAAUUUCGAUCCUGCAACAUGGGACGAGGAAUUGGAUCAGUGUGCUCACCAGCCGUCCCUGUGUCUUCCUGAAUUUCAGCAACCCCUCAAGCCCGAAAUGCUCCUAGGUGGAUACAGUGAUCAUCAGUAUCUGGAUGCGCAAACCAUGAUCGUGACGUAUGUGCUCAAGAACUCACUGGACGCUUCCGAGGCAGAGAAAGCCGAAGAAUGGGAAAAAACCUUGUUGAAGCGUGUACUGUCCAAUCUCGAAAAUCGUCCGGAAUGGGAAGGCGUACGCAUCAGUUAUUCAACCGAGAGUUCCCUGGAAGUGGAAUUAAACAAAUCCAGUAACACCGAUGCGCUGACGGUCGUGAUCAGUUAUGUUGUCAUGUUCCUUUAUGCAUCGUUGGCCUUGGGCCGUUUUACUUCCUUCCAACCACGCCGUCUUUUGGUCGAUUCAAAAUUCACGCUCGCCACCUGCGGUAUUCUAAUCGUCAUCUUUUCGGUGUCCACCGCCGUGGGUCUGUUUUCCUUGACGGGAAAAAAGAUCACCCUGAUCAUUGCCGAGGUGAUUCCGUUUUUGGUCUUGGCCGUUGGCGUUGAUAAUAUCUUCAUUCUGUGUCAUGAAUACGCACGACGGGAAGAACUGGACGAAGCGGAAACCGUCGAAGAACGAGUGGCCAAAACACUCGGCAGAAUGGGGCCUAGUAUUCUCCUUAGCUCGCUUAGUGAAACGAUCGCCUUUGGUUUGGGAACGCUCGUGACGAUGCCUGCUGUAAGCAGUUUUGCCAUUGUUGCAGCCAUUGCUAUUUUUGUGGAUUUCCUCCUUCAAGUGACCUGCUUUGUGUCAUGCAUGGCAUUGGAUGCCCGACGAACGCAAAGUAAUCGUAUCGAUUGCAUCCCCUGUAUUCGUAUCCGCGCUCCCGAAGCCAUUGAAAAAGAGGGUUGGCUUCAGACCGUUUUCAAGGUGUACUAUGCGCCCGUCAUCCUUCAUCGAAAGAUCCGCUACGUCAUCUGCCUCGCCUUCCUCGGUCUCUUUAUGCUGGCCCUCGCUCUGGUGCCAAUGUUACCUUUGGGCUUGGAUCAACGCAUUGCCCUUCCUUCGGAUUCGUACUUGGUCGAUUACUUUAACGAUCUUGAUCAGUAUUUCAACAUUGGACCACCUGUUUAUUUUGUCGCUCACGAUGUGAACUUGACGGAUCGAAGCGUACAAAAAAAGAUAUGUGGACGAUUUGCUGGAUGUUACGAGGGAUCCUUGGCCAAUGUGUUGGAGCAGGAGCGCAAACGACCCAAUGUAUCCUAUAUCGGUGAACCCACGAGUGUCUGGCUGGAUGAUUUCUUCCAAUGGAGCAAUCCUACCAUUGGCUGCUGUCGCCUGAAGAAGAAGUCGCUGUUGCAAUUCAACAAGCCCCGAUCCAUGUCCAUGCGUCCUUUGAGUGAUCUGGAAAGACCGUACUUUAUGAAAAAGUGGGAAUUAUGUGACUCGUGGGAUGAUGACGAAGAUUGUUCGGACUGCAUACCUUCGUGGGACACCUCUAUGAAUAAUUUCCCCGAAGGACAGACGUUCCUGGACUUUUUCGAUUUGUGGAUUGAUAUGCCGCCCGAUGAAGAUUGUCCGCUGGGCGGUAAAGCCGCUUACACUGAUGCGGUGGUUGUCGACCACGAUAAAGUGACAGUGGAAGCGUCGCAUUUCCGAACUUUCCAUACCCCACUUCGAAGCCAACGCGACUUUAUCGCCGCCUAUGAAUCCGCCCGCCGCAUCGCCGAUGAUCUCAGUACCGAUUUGGAAGUGCCGGUCUAUCCGUAUUCGGUGUUUUACGUAUUCUUUGAGCAAUAUACAUACAUUAUCACGAUGGCCAUCGAACUUCUGGGUUUGGCUAUCCUGUCGAUUUUUAUCAUCAGCAGUUCGCUUCUUGGUAGCUUGCGAUCGGGACUCAUUGUCAUGGGCGUUGUUGUGAUGAUCCUGAUCGAUGUGAUGGGGGUCAUGACCUUGUGGGGCGUCAGUUUGAAUGCCGUCAGUUUGGUCAAUCUGGUUAUCUGUGUUGGUAUCAGCGUGGAAUUCUGCUGCCAUAUUGUUCGCGCCUUUGUUGUCGCUAGUGGUACUCUUUAUGAGAGAGCCACCAGUGCCCUUGUGGAUGUUGGCAGCUCGGUAAGUUACUAG